AUGGAAGAGAGAGCUCAUCAGCAAAAGCAGGAGAGAUCCAGCAUUCAUCUGGAAAAGCUACAGCACUGGGCGAGGCACAGGCAGAAUGGGCACCUCUUGGUGCUGGCGGUGAGCCAGCUAUGGCUGGCAAUGGCUGUGGUGCCCUUUGCUGCCUCUGUCGCCUGCCUGAACUCUGCUUGUCACAUGGCCACAGCGCUGCCCCUUGGGCCUGCAGCCUCGGGUCUCCUCUCUGGGACUGUCACCCUUGAGCUGCGCAGAGCACCCCGCCUCUGGAAGCUGGCUGGCUUGCUGGUGCUGGAGCUCAGCGCUGAGGCCUUCACCCUAGGAGGAGUCUUGCUCUCAGCAUAUGCCCUACUCCUGUUGAGCCAGAGGAAGCCAGGAUGCUGCAGGAGCCAGAGUCUGCACUAUGAAAAGCUGCAGGAGGGUCUCUCUGAGUUGGAGGAGGUUCCAGUUUUGGAGAAUGGUCCCACGGUGGCUAGUACAGCAAACGGAACAAAUAAGUGA